AGACAGAGCGCGUUCGAGACCUACAAACAUGCUCUCUCUCAUCCCGCAAUACUCAAGAGGUAGCGCGCGUUCCAAGUAGUAUAUGUUUCAGUGGCACAGCCGCACAGUCUAGUAUAUGUGUCUAUGAUUUAAGUAAAAGGAAACUCCAUAGAGAUAUCCAUAAAAACAUUACUCCAGAGUAUUACUGAAUACCUUUCAUCAUGAGUCGUUUCUUUGCAACUGGCUCAGAUUCUGAGUCUGAUAGUGCAUCUGAGGAGGAGCAGAUACAAAGAGCACCAGCGACAGCUUUUACUUUCAGUGAUGAUGAAGAAGAAACAAAGCGUGUUGUACGUUCCACAAAAGAAAAACGAUAUGAAGAAAUAGCAAAUCUCAUAAAGCUUAUUAGAAAUUACAAGAAAAUUAAAGAUAUGAGCAGCAUGCUGUCCAGUUUUGAAGAUUUAAUGCGAGCUUACCAAAAAGCUCUGCCAGUAGUCGCAAAGGAAGAGCUUGGACAAACUCCGCGAUUUUACAUUAGAUGUUUAGUUGAAAUGGAGGAUUUUAUUAAUGAAGUGUGGGAGGAUCGGGAUGGGCGCAAAAAUAUGUCAAAGAAUAAUUCCAAAUCGCUCUCGACGUUACGUCAAAAGUUACGGAAAUACAACAAAGAAUUUGAAGAUGACAUAAUUAAGUUCAGAGAGAACCCAGAUCAAGAUGAUGAUGAAGAAGAAGAAAAAGCUGAAGAAAUUAUAGAGACCGAAGAAGAAGAGGAUAGUGCUAUGGCAUUCAAGAAGGCUGGUUCGGAAGUUAGUGAACCUGAUGUGACUAAAUUCAAGAAGGGUGUGACUGACGGUGAGGAGGGCAGUGAGAGUGAAUCCGAUUGGGGCAGCGAUUCGGAUAGCGAGAGUACAAGUAGCGACGACGAAGGCCAAUAUCAAAAUAUUCGUGAACGUUUCAUUAAAAAAGCAACUGAUAAGGAAGAGGAUGAAGAUAAAGCGAAGAGAAAGGAACAACGAAAGGAGCGUAAAGAAAAGGAACGAAAGAAGAAGCGUGACGAAGAUGACGGCGAAGGUGAAUGGGAGACCGUCAAGGGCGGCGUGGCUAUUCCCUCUGAGAAGCCGAAGAUGUUCGCCAAAGAUGCGGAGAUCAAUAUCACGGCGGUGCUGAAGAAGCUGUCCGAAAUAAUCGCAGCUCGCGGUAAAAAACGUACAGACAGACGGGAGCAAAUAGAACUCUUGCAUGAGCUGCAAUUGAUCGCAGAUGCGCAUUCCCUUGGACCUGCCGUAACAGUGAAGAUCAAGUUCUCCAUUGUGUCUUCCAUAUUCGAUUAUAAUCCGAAGGUUUCUGACGCUAUGAAACCCGAAUAUUGGUCCAAAAUCUUGGAGCGCAUUACUGAAAUGCUGGAUAUGCUGUUGAGUGCUACGGACAUGGUAAUAACGGAAACAAUCGUGGAAGAGAUGGAGGAAUUCGAGACGGCACCGUACAAGAUUCACGGAUGCGUGUUGACGUUAGUGGAACGUCUCGACGAAGAAUUCACGAAAUUACUGAAGGAGUGCGACCCGCACAGUAACGAAUACGUAGAAAGAUUAAAGGAUGAAAAACAAGUUGCUACCAUAAUAGAUAAAGUGCAAGAAUAUUUAGAGAGACAAGGCACCGUGUCUGAGCUGUGCCGUGUAUACUUACGCAAGAUUGAACACUUGUACUACAAGUUCGAUCCAAAUGUUCUUAAACAGAAAGAUGGCGAACUGGGACAAGAUGUGAUCACGUCCGUGCAGGUGAUGGAGAAGCUGUGUAAAUAUGUAUACGCCCACGACAAUACUGAUCGAUUGAGAACUCGUGCGAUUCUAUCGCACAUUUAUCACCACGCGCUCCAUGACAAUUGGUUCCAAGCGCGCGAUUUAAUCCUGAUGUCGCAUCUUCAGGAAACUAUUCAGCAUUCAGAUCCACCCACACAGAUUUUGUACAAUCGUACGAUCGCUCACUUAGGAUUAUGUGCAUUCCGUCAUGCGAAUAUUAAAGAUUCCCACAAUUGCUUAGUCGACUUGAUGGUGACGGGCAAGGUGAAGGAACUUUUGGCGCAGGGUUUGCUGCCGCAACGACAACACGAGCGCAGCAAAGAGCAAGAGAAAAUCGAGAAGCAGAGGCAAAUGCCUUUCCAUAUGCACAUCAAUUUAGAGCUCCUCGAAUGUGUAUAUCUCGUUUCGGCAAUGCUCAUAGAAAUUCCGUACAUGGCUGCGCACGAAUUCGAUGCAAGAAGAAGGAUGAUUUCAAAGACUUUCUAUCAACAAUUGCGAUCUAGCGAGCGUCAAUCGUUAGUAGGACCGCCGGAAUCAAUGAGAGAGCACGUCGUCGCUGCUGCAAAAGCGAUGCGUAACGGCAAUUGGGCGGCUUGCAACAAUUUCAUCAUUAAUGAGAAGAUGAACGCAAAGGUCUGGGAUCUCUUUCAUCAAGCGGACAAAGUACGAGCUAUGCUAACGCGAUUGAUCAAGGAGGAAGCAUUGAGGACAUAUCUGUUCACGUACUCCCACGUGUACGAUUCUAUCUCGAUGCCGAAACUCGCUGAUAUGUUCCAACUGAAACGUCCUGUGGUCCAUUCCACCAUUAGUAAAAUGAUUAUCAAUGAAGAACUUAUGGCGUCACUGGACGACCCGACGGAGACUGUAGUGAUGCAUCGCAGCGAGCCGAGCCGUCUGCAAUCCUUAGCUUUGCAACUCACGGAUAAAGUUAACAAUUUCGUCGACUCGAACGAACGCAUCUUCGAGAUGAAGCAGGGUAAUUUCUUCUCAAGAAACCAAGGCAACUUCCGCGACAGGCAAAACUAUAAUCGUCAGGGACAGGAUUGGAGCCGCCAAAGGCGCGAUCGCGAUCGCGACCGCGAUCGUAAUCGUGAGGAUAACCGAAAUUAUUAAAAAUAUCUAUAUCAAAUUGAAUACGAGUUGCAUUUUAUCUGAUUUUGAUACAAGUUUAUUCAAACAAAGUCUCAUAUUCACGUAAUGCAUGUGCACAAGCAAAUCAACAAAUUGUUUAUGCAGCAAAAGGAAUUUUUUUUUUUAGACAGUAUUAAUCGACUUCCAUGUGCAUGAGUAUUACAUGACUAUGCAAGUUUUUGUCUGAAUAAACUUUAAUAAAUGUAACUUCUCUCAUA